AACCAUACAACUCGGCGUCUUCACCCUCACUUUCCACAUCGCUCUUGUCGCCUGGAGGGUCCUCCUCGCUGUCUGAGUCACGGUCAGGGCUGACAUCAUCCUCUGAGUCGUGGUCUUGCUGAGCUAAGUCUGUCACGGUGCGGCUGGUAUCUGCAGCAUCGCCUCGGCGUCUGGGACUGCCACAUGGUAAUGACCGACACCUCCACCAAGGAUGUGAUAUCGCCAGUCAUUGAACUCGUCAGGUCGGCGUGCCAGGGUUGUAUAUGGUACUCUAUCUGUUGGCCCAUGUGCAAACGCCGGGAUGAGAUGGGAUGCCCGGAUGAUCUCAUCAGGAUCUACAAACCCCCGUUUCCGCUUGAAUCCCCCACGGAAGGAGCAAGAUAGCCAUCAAGUCGCCGACGAACUUCGCAGUGGAAGAUCCCAAUGAUACGUGCAUAUUCGAAGGGCAUUCCCUCGUGGAUUCAUCGAAUCUUGACCUCGUCGGACAUCGCUAGUGGUGUAGUUGACUCGCAGUACUUUGUGAAUGUAGAGUCGCUCAUCAGCAAUUAUGAUGUUGUUCCGUUGUUCUGUCGUGAACUCAUCACCGUUGCCAGAGUACAUGGGAUGCUCCAGCCGAGCAAGCAGAUGUUCAUGAAGCUUGGGUCUGAAAUCCUGUCACCGUAACGGUAACAUCUUCAAGGUCGGCACUGUGUUGAUAUAACCACGAGCCAAGAUUAAGAUGGUAGUCCCGCCGAAGAGAGAUAUGAUGGUGAGCUUCUGGAGCGGUGUACGGAAGUGAUUCAGACUCGGCAAAGGCUAGUGUGGGGAGCCGUUGUGGUGGACUAGGUGUUUUGAAAGCUGUUCCAGUGGCUGCUUUCCGUUUCUUUGAGGACACUACUGGCUGCUGCAUUGUCUCUGAGUCCUGGUGUGGCCCUGCUGUCACAGGAGGUAUGACUGGGAGAAGUGAAGCUUGUUGAUGUUGCAUUAUCUUGUCCAGCUCUGUCUCCCGCCUUUCCAGCUGGGUGAUCUGCUUCUCAGCUUCAUUCUUAUUAGUCCGAGCAUAGUAGCUCUUCACACGCUUGUGCUCAAGCUCGCCCUUGCCCACAAUUCAGUCAAAGAGUGGUUCUAGCUGAAUAGAUUGACAUACCGUCUGAGUAGAAUAGGAAUCAACUGUGCCAAAAAAUG